GCACCAAUCCGUCCGCGAAUUUCUCGUGUAUGACGUAAAUAACUCAGCUGGAGAAUGAUGUUUUCCUCCGUCGCGCAAAUUUCUGCCUGAAUUGCCCACUUUCCAGUUCACGCUGGCGUCACUGAUGUCUCACAAACACUGCUCUUGGAAUCAUUUAUCGUUCUAUACUUUCCUUCGCGUCAUUCUUCCCUACUGCCCCUCUCUUUCCCGCCCGCUCUAUCUCCAGCGAAUCAUACACGCAAAAUAG